AUGAGUGGAGGAGGGGAGCAGCCUGACAUCCUCAGUGUGGGAAUCGUGGUCAAAGAAAGAUGGAAGGUGUUGAGGAAAAUAGGAGGUGGAGGAUUUGGAGAAAUUUACGAUGCGCUGGACUUGCUUACUCGGGAAAACGUUGCACUGAAGGUCGAAUCUGCUCAGCAGCCAAAGCAAGUGCUGAAAAUGGAAGUAGCUGUGUUGAAGAAAUUGCAAGGAAAAGAUCAUGUCUGUAGAUUCAUUGGAUGUGGAAGGAAUGACAGAUUUAACUAUGUGGUCAUGCAGUUGCAGGGUCGGAACUUGGCAGACCUGCGCCGGAGCCAGUCUCGAGGAACAUUCACCAUUAGUACCACUCUGCGGCUUGGGAAGCAGAUUUUGGAAUCUAUUGAAAGUAUUCAUUCUGUGGGAUUCCUGCACAGGGACAUAAAACCAUCUAACUUCGCAAUGGGACGUUUUCCUAGCACCUGUAGGAAGUGUUAUAUGCUGGAUUUUGGCUUGGCACGGCAAUUUACCAACUCAUGUGGGGAUGUCAGACCA